UCUAGUUGAUCGAGUGUAGAAGUACUUGUGAUCGUGAUAUUGUGAACAGAUUUUGUUUUGUUUGCUUGAAGCACGUUCUAAAAGAAAACCGCGAGUAUAUAAACGUAAAACAAACGACAAUCAUUUGUGUACCUUAAAUAUGUAAAUUAAAAUGGAAAUUAGGCAAAACUACGAGAACUCAGCUAAAAUAAACUGGAUUACGGUGUUCAUCGUCAUAAUAGUUCUGCAAAACGUCGUAUACAUUUAUGCAAAAUUAUCAACUGAUAAUUCAACAGCAUUCACCGAGGCGUUGAGCAACAACUUGUCGCCUUACCAUGAGAAUCCAUUUAACAGUCAUCGUAACGGCAAUGAAGUCAACGCCAUAGAUGUGUGGCUAACGAGUGAUGUUAACCCAAAUGAUGAGUCGUUUAACAAGUUUAAUGGCAAUAGAGAUGACGAACAACUGUCCGAAGGAGAGCGAGCGGCGCACGAGAGCAAGAAUGGUGUAACAGAAAUGAUGGCAAAAGAAAAAGGAUAUUUGCAGAGUGGCAACACAAGCAAAAGCAAACAACAACUACUCACAGUAUUACAGCAAAACAAAUGUAAUGGGAAUGCUAAAACCACAACAACAAAAACAACAACAACAACAAUCAAGAAUAAAAAACAAGCAAACACUUUGAGUGACAAAGCCACUACGACGCCGAGGACGCUGACGACGAUGGUGACGAAAAAGAAUGCGGGCAUGUUGACAGCUUUGUCAAUGCGGGUCAACAAAAAUGAUUUCGACAAAGUGGAUGGUCGGAUAAAUGUGACGAGCAGAAAUCACACUGAAGCGGCGGCAGCGAGGAAAGUAAAGACAGCAACAGCAACUGUGAAAACAAAGCAACCUACGCCAACAACAACAACAACAGCAAAUUUUAAACGAAAUUCCAUUACCAGCAACAAUGGUAGUGGAAUUACAGCAAAGGGUGUGGGCUCCAGUGUCAACACAAGGCUCUACUACCACACCAAUGGUUUUCUGAAUCCAUUCGGACAAUUAGUCGCCUUCUUUGGCAGCGACCAAUUGCAUCUGCAGGACUAUACCUUCUUUUUCAAUGCCGAACGACAUACCGUUUUCCAUUUACAUACGUCCAACAACUAUUAUAACGGUAUUACGGAUAAAUCUAGUAGCCGCUUUUCUACAGUGUGGCCAACAUUCGCCGAAACGGUAGCUGCCGGCAGUGAGCGUAUAUUGAAUGUGGUCACAGAUCCUAUUGGCGCAGUGUUUGCUGUAAAUACACCGACAACAAUAAAAACAAAAACAUCAACAACAUCAUCAUCGGCAGUGAGCACAAAAAACACAGUGUCGAAUAGAACAGGAAUAACGAGCGCCUUCACAACUACUACCGCCUACACAGCACCACCGUCGCUACCGCCGCCAGCAACGAUCAAAGUCGAAGAGGUGCAGCUGUACAAUGGCCAAUCCUUGCGACAGUCACGUUUCAAUCCUUUCAAUCCCACACGCAUACUCGUUCACGGUUGGUUUGGCGGUGCCAAUGCUGGAGUCUAUCAGACGCUUGUACCAGCUUAUCUACGUCAAUAUGCGGGUAAUUAUAAUGUCUUCACCGUGGACUGGGGCCGUGGUGCCGUAACAGAUUAUCUCACUGCUAGCUAUCGUGUCAAGCCGGUGGGUAAAGUAUUGGCGAAAUUCAUCGAUUUUCUACAACGUGAAGCCGGCAUACGUUAUGAGGAUCUGCAUGUGAUCGGCUUUAGCAUGGGUGCACAUAUUGCCGGCAUAGCUGGCAAACAUGUACAAACCGGACGUUUGCCGGUGAUUUAUGCGCUCGAUCCAGCGUUGCCAUUUUUCCGUUAUGAAAAUUUUGACGAACGCGUAGCGAUCACCGAUGCCGAUUAUGUUGAGGUCGUGCACACGAGUGUCGGCUCGUAUGGCUAUGACCGGCCGUUGGGUCAUGUGGAUUUCUAUGUGAAUUAUGGUAGUGCACAGCCGGGAUGUUUUCUUAACGAGUGCAGUCACUUUCGUGCUUUUCAAAUAUUCGCUGAGUCAUUGCAGGCGAAGGACGGAUUCCAGGCGGAGGGUUGUGAUGUGAAACUCUGGCCGGAUUUGAUUAAGCAUAGACGUUGUCUAAUGGGCACAGGUAGGCGUAUGCGGCUGGGUGGUGAUCCGGUGAAUGUGACGGCGCUACGUGGACGUGGUGGGGUGUUCUACUUGGCGACCAAUGCGGUGCCGCCUUAUGCAAGGGAUGUGACGUAGCGAGAUGAUUAUUACUUGGCAUGAUGUACGGUUCGUGGAAAAAAAAGAAAUUGAAAAAAUAAAAGUGCACAAAAUGUCGUGUGUUUGGCAAAUUAAAAAUCGCAAUGAGCACGAAAAUGAAUG